GACAGACCAGCAACACGGUCAACAGCAGUACUUUGCGCCUCCGCCAGGCGGUCAAUCGUACCCACCACCUCCCUCGUCUCCCCCUGCGCAACAACAGCAACAGCAACCACAACACUACCCUCCACCGCCAGGUGGACAGCAGCAACACUAUGCGCCGUCUCCCGACCACUCGCAGCAGCAGCAACAGCAACACUUCCCACCGCCUGGUAGCGCACCUCCUCAGCACCAACCGCAACAGCAGCAGCAGCAGCAGCAGCCUCCGCAGCAGCUCUUCCCCGAAAAAGGGCCCUUGAGCACCUAUGGCACACCGGCACCCACCCAGAGCCCUCUCCAGCAUCCAGGUAUGCUCCCGCAGCAGAUUAGCCAGCAGCAGAUACAGCCUCAGCAACAGAUUCAGGCCUCUCAACCCCAGUUCGCAGGCGCAGGAAGCACACAAGCCGAUGACGUCGGUACCUUCAACGGCGGCAGCUACCGCGUGAGCCACAGAGACACAAACACAAUUCUCACGGUGCAGUUGGCGAUUGGAUGUCCCUUCACCGCAAAGCCCGGCGCAAUGAUAGCAAUGUCUCCCACUAUAACCCUAAAAGGCACCAUAAAAUUCUCCCUCAAGAAAGCGCUCAUCGGGGGCGAUAUGUCCAAAUCGCAAUACACCGGGCCAGGCGAGCUGUUACUCGCGCCCGCCUCCAUCGGCGACAUCACCAUCAUCAAGCUCGGGGGCCACGAGCAGUGGAGCGUGGGCAAGGAUGCGUUUCUGGCGUGCACACAGGGCAUUGUGACCGAGCAUAAGAGCCAGGGCGUUGCGAAGGCGAUGUUUUCGGGCGAGGGGUUGUUUGUGUAUAAGAUUUCCGGGCAGGGGAUUCUGUGGUGUACGAGUUUUGGAGCGAUUAUUAGGAAGGAUCUGCAAAAAGACGAAAAGUACAUCAUCGACAACGGCCACCUCGUUGCCUGGAACUGCAAGUACGUCCUCGAGCGCGUCGCAUCCGGCGGUAUCGUGUCGAACAUGAUGGCUGGCGAAGGUCUGGUCUGCAAGUUCACGGGACCAGGCACGAUCUUUAUGCAGACAAGGAACGCGCAGGCCUUUGCGGCAUGGCUGGGCGCCAACUCUGCGAAUGCGGCGAUGUAGGGAGAGGUAUUCAAAUGCCAUGCAGUUGUUCAUUAGGCAAUACACUACAGUUUUAUUGUACAGGAUGGUUCAUACAUUAUCGUAUCCCCCAGGCUGUCGUACCAUAUACAG